UCCAUAGCAAAACCCGUUGAUGGCAUAAACGCAGAGACAAAGAAAGGGAAAUCCGUGGAUUCUGGAUCAAGUCUUACAUCCGACCUACGAACAAUUGAAAAUCCAGACCGUUAAAAAUAUCCGUUGGUUAUCCCGUCACCCCGGGCUUGUUCCAUGGCUGCUACUGCUGCUGCCGUUACCGUCUUCCCCUGCAUCAAUGGUCACCAGCCUCGCCUCGGUCUCCUUCGCCAUAGAUUACCCGCCGGAAAGCCUUCGUCCAUCUCAACACGUUUCCAUUGUCACGGUUCGAGAGCCAGGCGUCUGUUCCCGCUCGCUGCAAAGAGUCGGCGGGAGCCCACCCAAGCCGGCGUAGAAGAGAAGGAUGAGCCAGAAUUCUCCCUUCUUACCGCCAUGACGACUCCCCAUAAUGAGAUUGUCAUCCUUGAUACCACCGAUUCGAGGAUCUUGCUCCUUGAUCCUUCCCAUAACAUCCACAGCAUAUACAUGAAGGAGACAAAAUGGACAGGUUCAUAUUGGGAUGAGUUUGCAAGUCUUCCAGCUAUUGUACCUUCAGGUCCUAUUGCUAUGUUGGGUCUGGGUGGCGGAACUGCAGCUCAUUUGAUGCUGGACUUGUGGCCUUCCUUGGAGCUUGAUGGUUGGGAGAUUGAUGAAAUUCUGAUAGAUAAAGCAAGGGAGUAUCUCGGCUUGUCUAUCUUGGAGAAGCGUAAUGAUGCUGGUGGAGUUCUUCGUGUUCAUGUUGGUGAUGCACUUUCUCCUGAUGUUGCUGUUCCUGGUGGGUUUGCUGGUAUUGUGGUGGAUCUGUUUGCUGAUGGGGAGGUUCUACCUCAAUUAGAAGAGGUUUCAACAUGGAUGCAACUUGGGAAGAAGCUCAUGUCAAAUGGCCGUAUAAUGGUGAACUGUGGUGGUACUCUUGAUGAAGAUUGCAGUCUUGGCAAACGAAUGGACCAUGUACAUGUCUCUUCCCAUGGUAUCUUAGGAAAGAACCCAACAAUGGAGGCAAUGAGGGAAGCCUUUUCAGAAGUGAACUGGAAGAAAAUGGAACAAGGGGAAAGCCUCAAUUUUCUUGCCCUCACAGGACCUCUACCAGACGUGGACCAAUGGGCACAAGCUGUUCCUGAGAAAUUGAGUUCCAAUGUUAGACAAUGGAAACCAUGCAGCUCUUUGUGAUAUGUCAUAUACUUGUUGAGGGCAGAUUCAUUUAGUGGGCUGUUUAUUCUGCCUCUCUCUGAAUAUUGGAUUCAGAAGAACCAGAAGCACUAACAUUCAAUUUCGGACUGCAAUCAGACGAGCUGCUCUGAAAUGGCGAAAAGCAAGUUGCCUCUGAGAUUUUGAGUUACUGUUGGACCUGGACCUUGGCUUUGUGGUGGAAGAAAAGUAAAAGUCAAGUGUCUGGUGCUUCCAUGCGCUUCAACCGACUCGCACUUUGCUGGAGGACGAAUCAAAUUAGAUCCGUCAGUGAAUACUCUUCAAUACCAAAGGAAAUCAUGUUGUGAGCAAAUCAAAUUUUUAAGUUUCCUAAUCUGUUGCAUAGGCUGCUUUUGCAAGCUUAGUUGAAUCUGCGCAUUCUAGUUUAUCAUUGGCUCUGUUUAUAAUUAGAUCUUUCUCUUCUUUCCCCGA